UAGGGCGGUGAUAUGGGCUGAUAAAGCGAUAAUGACUUGCUCAGAAUAGUGUAACGUUACUACUCUAAGAGCCAAAGAUUCGGAGGAAAACACUAAACCGAAGCGUUUCGUUUUACUUUUGCGCAACACUAACGUUACACAGUUCUUACGGCUGCAGACGCUUAAGACGUGGACUUUGCCCGACAUGCGGGGUGGACAUAAAACCCCCAUUAUUUAUGUAGGCUACAAAGGAUUUGUAAAUCAAAUAUUUUAAAUGUUGGAACGAACUAUUGAAAACAUGAGUGAACCGAGGAGAAACGCUAUCCGGAGGAAAUCAAAACCGAAGCAGACAGCAGGUUCAUCGGCGGAGGAAUGCCCGGGAUCCUCAGAUAAAGCUGGUAACCCCAGCUGCUUUCCCUCCAAACAAUCUGAGGAAGAGGAGCCUUGUGUUGGGGUGAAGAUCGCUCAGAACAAAGCCGUUGGUAGCCACAGUCCUGAUGAGCAAGGUCUUCACAAUGAGAAGCUGAGCCGUGGAUGCAGAUUCAGCAAUAAGAGCCUUACUGGAGUAAAUGGAAGAGUUUCAGGUCGACGGCCACCACUGCAUCCCAAACCACAAGUGCCUCCUAAGCCAGAACACCUUCAGAGUCCGGUGACAGAAAUCUCCUUUCCUCUGACUGCUGGAACAUCACCCAUCACUCCCAACAUGGAUGGAGGAGGAGUAGGAGGAGCAAAAGGGAAGGGCGUAGUGUCCAACCUCAUCAGUCGCUUUGAGGCGAACAGUCACACAGACAUUCGGAGGGAGGGCACUCCUCUGAAACAGGUCAGCAGAUCUCCUAACUGCAGCCCGGCUCACAAAAACUACCAGAGACAGACGGAGCAGCCCACAGACCCCGGCUCUCCUGCGAACACCCCUCGCCAUGCUCUCAAACCCCCCAAUGGGGUUCUAGCCCAACAAAGAGAACAGGACAGAAACCGGGAGAUGGACGGAAUCACGCACGGCACUGUUUCAGCCAUGAGGACAGACAGGAAGGGACUGCUGAACGGAGAUGCCGUCGAUGCGGCUAAGAGGGAAAUUACGGACGAGGACUGUGUAGAUCCACCUCACACUCACACAGAACGGGCAGAAGAGGAGGAGAGGAGAGCGCCGGAACAGAAUGACGUUGUGAUGAACAGCGUCCCAGAGCCGAAGGAAACAAAUGAGCAGAAGCUCUACAAGAUCGCAAACGAACUUCUGCAGACAGAGAAGGCUUAUGUUGCACGACUCAACUUAUUAGAUAAGGUGUUUUAUGCCAAGCUGUUAGAAGAAGGAAAAAAAGACACGUUCCCCAUGGAUGUGGUGAAAAACAUCUUUUCCAACAUCUCUUCCAUUAAUACCUUCCACAGCCAGUUCCUUCUGCCUGACCUGGAAAAACGCAUGGGAGAAUGGACGUCGACGCCUCGCAUUGGGGACAUCCUACAGAAACUCACUCCCUUUCUGAAGAUGUACGCUGAGUAUGUGAAGAACUUUGAUAAUGCCAUGGAUCUGCUGAAGCAAUGGAUGGACCGAUCGCCGCCAUUUAAAGCCAUCAUUCUGGAAAUCCAGAGUCAAGAAGCGUGUGGAAGUCUGUCGCUGCAGCACCACAUGUUGGAGCCCGUUCAGAGAGUGCCACGAUACGAGAUGCUGCUCAAAGACUAUCUGAAGAAACUUCCUCACGAUCACAUAGACCGGCAGGACGCUGAGAAGUCUUUAGAGAUCAUUUCCAUGGCUGCCACUCAUUCCAACACUGCCAUUAGAAAAACAGAAAACCUUAAGAAAUUGCUGGAGAUUUAUGAGAUGCUGGGGGAGGAAGAGGACGUUGUGAACCCUUCAAAUGAGUUAAUAAAAGAGGGUCAUAUUCUGAAGCUGGCAGCAAGAAACACUUCAGCCAUGGACCGAUAUCUCUUUCUAUUCAACAAUAUGCUGCUGUACUGUGUUCCAAAGUUCAGCUUGGUGGGACAGAAGUUUACGGUUCGCACACGUAUCGGCAUUGAUGGCAUGAAGGUGAUGGAGACGUACAAUGAUGAUUAUCCUCACACCUUUCAGGUUUCUGGAAAGGAACGGACACUGGAGCUGCAGGCCAGCUCUGAACAGGAUAAAGAAAGCUGGAUAAAGGCGUUCCAGGAAACGAUACACAUCUAUCUUCAGAAAAAUGAGACCUUUAAGUCAGCAUUCAAAGAUGUGGAGGAAGUAACGGAUCUCAAGAUAUCAGAACUGGGUAAAAGAGCUCCUCGCUGGAUCCGAGACAAUGAGGUGACCAUGUGCAUGAGAUGCAAAGAGGCCUUUAAUGCCUUGACGCGCAGGAGACAUCACUGUCGGGCCUGUGGAUAUGUGGUCUGUGGGAAGUGCUCAGACUACAAAGCCCCUCUGGAAUAUGAUGGGAAUAAGAUAAACAAGGUGUGCAAAGACUGUAACUCCAUCCUGACAGGCCACAUAGACAGCGAGGAGAGGGAGGGCAAGAAGAAGGGAAUUCUAGAGAUUGAAGCCGCUCAGUUCUCGGGCAACAGUAUCAUGUGUGGCUUCCUGCAGUACUGCGAGAAGAACAAGCCCUGGCAGAAAGUCUGGUGUGUCAUUCCUCAAAAAGAAGCUCUAGUUCUCUACUUGUACGGAGCACCUCAGGAUGUCAAGGCCCAGUCCACGAUUCCUCUGCUCGGCUACCAGGUGGAGGACAGCCUGAGAGCCACCGACCCUCCUGCGAGCUUCAGACUAACUCAGUCUAAAUCAGUCCACAGCUUUGCAGCAGAGAGCGAGGAUCUGAAACAGCGCUGGCUCAAAGUGAUCCGUAUGGCAGUGACAGGAGAGGUACCAGAAUCGCCUGAAGAAAGCCAUUCUACGGAAAUCACCCAAGAGCCGAGCUCUAAUGGUGUCUGAGCAAACCGAGCAAACUCUUGUAGAAGAUUUUAGUACUGACGUGUCAGGG